UUAUAGAAACCACUGGCCAGGUUCACCCUAGCUUAUUCUGUAUAUAUAAGAAUGAUUCUUCUGUUUCAACUUCCAUUGUCUCAAUAUCUCUUGUUUCAGUUUCCGUUUAAGAUGAAGGUGGCGGUAGCUGCUAACAAGUAUAAAGAGUGUAUGAGAAAUUUUGCAGCAUCAUGGGGUGGCCAUGUCCAUGAUGGAUGUGGAGAGUUCAUUCCUCAUGAUCAGGGAGAAGGUAACAUUAACCCAUCAUCAUCUGAAGCUCUACUGUGUGGUGCUUGUGGGUGUCAUCGUAAUUUCCACAGGAAGGAGGUUCCUGUUCCUUCCAUACAACACCCUCCACCAAAUGUGCUUCUCUAUAGGACUACUACUAUUGCUACGACUGUAGAGAAGGGGAGGAAGAAGCGGUCUAAACGAAAGAUCACCCAAUUGGAAAAGGAUAAAAUGCUAGAAUUUGCGGAGAAGACAGGGUGGACCAUUCAAAAGUAGACAAGUCUGUCAUCAUUUCUACUCUUGAGGGUGGAGUGAAGCGUGCAGUCAAGUUCUCAACAACAAGAAAGAGGAAAGGAGAAUGCUUCUCUCUGUCACCAUCGGCUUCUCUCACUCAGAAUUAUUGAUGUUUUGUGUAAUCUAGCUUGUUUCAUGUAUCAUGAUAUCCAAUGAAGUCAGACUUAGCCAA